CUGGCUGUGACAACAACAUAUUAGAACCUACCAUGGCUUCUAGAUCCACUUCAAGAUGUUUAAAAUUAGUUCUAGUUUUGAUUUUUAUAACAUGUGUGAUAAAUAUGGCUAUACAUCAUUUCAAACCAACCCACCAUCAUCAAAUUAAACUAGUUACAGUUGGGGCUGUGGCUGCAGACAGUCAACGAUGUUCUCUUAUUGGCAAAAAUAUUUUAGAAGCUGGUGGUUCGUCUGUAGAUUCAGCUAUUGCUACAUUGUUAUGUUGUGGUGUUCAGCAUCCUCAUAGUUCUGGUAUUGGCGGAGGAGGUGUAUUUAUAAUAUAUGAUCACAAGUUGAAGAAAUCAGUGGUAAUUGAUGGUAAAACCCCGGCUCCAUAUAAAGCAAAUCGUAGCCAUUUUCCUAUUUACACCAGCAUUCAUUCCACAGGACCAUUGUCCAUUGGAAUUCCUAAUGAAAUUGUGGCAUUUUGGGAAGCCCAUCAGAGAUAUGGUAAACUACCAUGGGAAGACCUAUUUGCGCCCGCAAUAGCAAUGCUAAAGAACGGUGUACCAUUCUCUAAAGACAGUGAGAAUAAGUUGAAUUAUAUGACGAUCGUUUUACUGGAGAAACAUAAUGUUACAUUACACAAAAUGUUUCCUGGUAUUUGUGAACUCUUCUGUCACGAAAACGGAGAAGUUAAGAAGGAAGGGGAGAUAAUUUACAGACCCCACUUACUGCGAACAUUAAAAAAAAUAGCAGAACAUGGAGCUGAUUAUUUGUAUAAAGGAGAGGGUGCUGAAUUGUUGAUUUCAGAUUUACAGAAGGAAGGGGCUGUUCUCACAUUAGAAGAUUUGGAAGAUUUCCGUCCUUCUAUUUACGAUGCUUAUAAACAUGAAUUCGAACAUUUCGUCUUGACGUCAACAGACGGUCCACAUUUUGGAAUCAUUUUGGCUUUUAUUCUGAGAGUACUAGAAGGUUACAACAUAACAAAUGAUCACUUCAAACCAGAUAAAGUUAUACCAACAUACCAUUUACUGACUGAAAUCAUGAAAUGGGCUGGUGCUUAUUCAAAACGGAUAGGAGACCCAAAGUUUGCACCAGGCUUAGAAGAGUUUAUGCAGUCGUUAGGUACAGAAGAAAUGGCUGCAAGAGUAAGAAAGAGAAUAAACCUCGUCAGGACCGAAGAUCGUGAAUAUUAUACAAACGUAACCACGGACGAUUUGCAAUUGCAAUUGCACGGCACAACACACGUAUCAAUUUUAGGUACGGACGGGGACGCAGUUUCAGCAACAAGUAGUAUAAAUAAUUACUUUGGUUCUUUGAUAUAUUCCAAAUCAACUGGCAUAAUCUUAAAUAAUUCAAUGAAAAGCUUUAAUAAUAAAAACGGAUCGCAUAACAUGAUAGUUCCUGGGAAAAUUGCUAAAACUGGACAGUCACCUUCUAUACUAUUAGAUAAAAAUGAUGAUUUAUUAAUGGUUAUAGGCGCAUCUGGUGGUGAUAGAAUAGCAACGAGUUUAGCCCAGGCUUUAUUGGGAAUAUUUUGGUUAAACCAAACAUUAGAAGAAGCCAUCAGACCAAAAAGAAUACAUUUUGACUUUCGUGCAUAUAAGUUGCUAUAUGAAACUGGAUUUGCACAGAAUAUAUUAGAUGCAUUAGAGAAUAAGUACGGUCAUGUGUUAUUGGAGAGAGAUAGAUAUAUGUCCAACAUCCAGGCUGUUUACAAAAAUCCUAUAACGCACCAAAUUGAUGCUUUCUCUGACGAACGGAAAGGUGGACAUGCCAGCUUAAUUCAAAGAGAAAUAUAG